AUGCAAAGAACUCGUGCAAACACAGAAAAUACGGUUCAAACGGAAAAAUAUUUGUUCUUAUGGCCGCUAGCUGAGAAGUAUUUCGAGUGUGCCACGGCAUUGCUCAAAGUAAAAGGCCUAGUGCCGCAAUUUGGGCGUCUAAUAAAUGCAGGUUUGCAUUGCUUACGCGUUGUCUUAAAGGACCCAACCAUCUCAUCUAUGGUCGAAUUGAAAACGCGAAAACGAAUUUGUCAAAUUCUUUUGGCCCAUACGACUGAAUACGCUGAAGCCGAAGAUAUGCUGAACAAGGCACUCAUUAUAACAAAACAAAUGAACCUUAUUCAUGAGCAAUUCGCCUUAAAUGGACUUCUUGCCCAUGUGUUCAAAGAAACGUCUCCAAAUGCAGCAAAGCGCUUGUUACAACGGUGUUCACAAGAUGCAGAACAAUAUGCCGCGGUUGCUAGCCCGGCAGAUGCUGCAAUAGCAUAUAAAUGGGUGUAUGAAUAUUACUUGGCAUCACAAUGCUUCCAAGGAGACGCUUUUAUAGCCAAAAACAUUGGCUCCUAUGCAUCGAAACAUAAUCAUAAGGAAAUGUACCUUCUCGGACUUUUGCUUGCUCAUGAAGACAUCCCAGAAACGAUUCGGCCCCGAAACUGGCAACUGACAGUGCUUGUAAAACUUGCUCGGACGUUAUACUCCUUGGGCAUUGGAGAUGUAGCUACGAGUCGCGAUCGUCUUCGCUCGUUGCACAUUGAACUAGAACAAGACGAGCUCAACUGGCCUUCGGCAGAUGUUGCUUUUCAUGUGCAAGACGAUGCAUAUUUAAUUACUCACUGGGUCUCUCUCAAUCAAUUGUACAUUAUUGUGUACCUUGUAUCUGGCCUCUGUUAUCUUGGAGACACGAAUUCUGGCAGAGCGGAACGUUUUUUCUGCGAGGGCUUACGCUUACUCGAGACAUACGCCUUCGAUGACUCUGAUGCUCGUCACUUGUAUUUCUCAAAGCUGUGGUCGGAUAAAACACGACACACAUUUUAUGCUUAUCUGACAUGUGCUUACUUGAACAGAUCAAACAUCGCUUCGGCAGAGCAGUAUGCUACAAAACUUGACAGCUCUCCGUUCUCAAACGUAAUCCGAGCAAUGCUUUGCCAUCGGCGUGGACAAACGGAUUCUGCUCUUGCCAUGUACAAGAAUAUUAUGAUGCAGCAGAAUAUUGGUGAAGAAAUCUUUGUUCUCGCGGUCAUGAAUGUGAUUAACAUCCUCCGUGAUACCGUUGAAGCAAAUCGGUUUUUGGAAGCAAUUGAAAAAAUCUGUACCUCACAACACAACACACAGUAUGCAACCUGGUGGGCCAUUCUAAAAGCUGUCCGAAACCCGGACAAAACCGCACAAACGAAUGAACUGCUGUAUGCUUCAGGAAGUGCUAGUGCCCAUGCAAAUACACAGAUGCAGUACGUGACACUGCUGCCACUUUGUGCACGACUGAAGGACACUCAGCAAAUCGAAAAGAUGGCUCUGAAUUCCUAUUUGAUGGCGAAGAAGAGCAAGGAUAUCGUGUGGACUUUUCUGACCGGAAGCGUCCUAGAAAAUGUGUACCAUAGCACACAAGAUCAGGAACGCAUAUCGCAGCAGCACCGUCAAAACGAAAUUCAUCACAGGCAGCUACAAAAGUUCUUACGGACGACAACAUAG